AUGGAUGCAAAUUUGAGUAUUAUCUAUAUUUCUGCAUCAUUCCUACUGCUAGCAUCUUCAAUAAUUGCUCAACCUGUGGUUUUUGAUAUAAGAAAAUAUGGCGGAGCACCUAAUGGAGAUCUGACCUCAGUGAAAUUUUGGUUCAGCUUUAUGAACAAUUCGAUUGUUCGGGACACAACAUCCAAACACAGCAAACACUUUCAUGUGAAUGUUCUAGGGUGUCGAAAUAUUACUUUCAGCAAAUUUACCAUUGAGGCCCCAGCAGAAAGUCCAAAUACAGAUGGAAUCCACAUUGGAAGAUCAACACAAGUGAAAAUACUUGACUCAAACAUCAGAACAGGAGAUGACUGUAUCUCAUUCGGUGAUGGAAGCAGACAAGUGAGUGUUGAGAAUGUGACAUGCGGACCUGGGCAUGGCAUUAGUGUUGGAAGCUUGGGAAAAUAUGAAAACGAAGAACCUGUAGAAGGUUUGAUAGUAAGGAAUUGUACAUUUAAAAACACUGAUAAUGGAGUGAGAAUCAAGACUUGGCCUGGAACUCCAAUAAAAAUCUCAGUCUCUCAAGUGCGUUUUGAGGAUCUUGUCAUGAUCAAUGUCACCAAUCCUAUAAUCAUAGACCAAGAAUAUUGUCCAUGGAACCAAUGCUCAAAACAGACUCCAUCAAAAGUGCACAUAAGUGGAGUUUCCUUCAAGAACAUUAGAGGCACAUCAAGAACAAAGGAAGGAAUGAUUCUAAUUUGUAGUAGUAGUGUACCAUGUGAGAAAGUAAAACUCACAAAUAUUAAUCUCAAAUUCAAUGGGACUCCUGCAAUUGCUACUUGUAAGAACAUCAAGCCCCAAGUUUUUGGGAAUGCACCAAUUUGUACUCCUUAA